UUCAAUUUUUUGCUUCUUGUUGUCUUUGUUUCUGCUAUAGGAAGCACUGAAAGUGAAAUAUCUGCUACAAAUGGAACACAACCUUUUACUUACAUUGUCAAAGCUAUGGAGUUCUUAUGGAGUCAUUCAGGUUAUCAACAUGUCUGGCCAGAAAUGGAAUUUGGCUGGCGAAUAAUUGUUGGCACCUUGAUUGGAAUCUUGGGAGCGACAUGUGGAAGUGUAGGGGGAGUUGGUGGUGGGGGCAUCUUUGUACCAAUGCUAAUUUUGAUUAUUGGGUUUGAUCCAAAAUCAGCCACUGCUAUCUCAAAGUGUAUGAUCAUGGGUGCAGCGAUCUCAACUGUAUUCUUCAACUUGAAGCUAAAGCAUCCCACACUUGAUAGACCCAUUAUCGACUAUGAUUUGGUGCUGCUUAUCCAACCCAUUAUCCUGCUUGGUAUUAGCAUAGGAGUCGUUUUAAGUGUAAUGUUUGCGGAUUGGAUGAUCACUGUUCUUCUAAUUAUUCUCUUUAUAGGAACAUCAAUCAAAGCGUUCUUCAAGGGUGUUGAAACAUGGAAAAAGGAAACCAUAAUAAAAGAGGAGACUGUCAAGCUUUUGGAGUCUACUGCCAGUUGCAGUGGGGAAGAGGAAUACAAGUGUCUUCCAGAUGGUGGGCCUCAAAAGGAAACUAGAAAACCUGAGGGGACCAUAAUAGGCAACAUUUAUUGGAAGGAGUUUGGACUUCUUUGUUUUGUGUGGCUUGCACAUCUAGUCUUACAUGUUGCCAAAACUUAUACACCUUCUUGUUCAAUAGCAUACUGGAUACUUUUUUUGUUAGAGAUACCACCUUCUCUAGGGGUAUAUCUGUAUGAAGCAGUUGGCCUAUAUCAAGGGUGGAGAGCUAUUGCUUCCAACGAAGGUCAAAUCACACAUUGGAAAUUGCACCAUCUAAUUCUAUCCCUUAUGUGUGGUCUGGUGGCUGGAAUUAUUGGUGGACUUCUUGGUAUAGGUAGUGGAUUUGUGAUGGGUCCUUUAUUUCUUGAAUUGGGAAUUGCUCCUCAGGUAGCAAGUGCAACAGCCACUUUGGGAAUGACAUUCUCAGCAUCUAUAUCUGUUGUACAAUAUUACCUCUUGAAUCGUUUUCCUGUUCCUUAUGCUCUCUACCUUACCCUUGUGUCUGCCAUUGCUGCAUACAUAGGACAGCGUAUCAUUGACAAGCUUGUUAGUGUCUUCCAAAGGGCCUCUUUGAUUAUCUUCGUAGUGGCUUUCACAAUAUUUAUUAGUACAAUUGCACUAGGUGGAAUUGGUAUAUCAGACAUGGUUAUGAAGAUUCAAAGGAAUGAAUACAUGGGAUUCGAGGACCUAUGCAAGUAUGCUGGAUAGAGGAGUUUCACGUAUUUAUUUAGUUGCACACAUAUUCUGUUGUUGUUGUUUGCCUCUGCUACACCCGGUGAGAGAUGGUGUGUUUUAUUUAAAUUAUAAAGGUUACAAGGAAGUUUCUAUUAAUGGAAGCUUUAAACCUUGUAUGU